AUGCGGAUUCUAGACGGUGACGUAAACGAACUAGGAGACGUCGGCGGGGACCCUGGGAAGGGUUGUCUUUCUUACUUGACGUGCCUGCACGAGCCUGAAAUCGGAUUAUCCGGAGCUAGGCUUGUGCGGUCGGCAGAGCUCGGCACCUUGCGUGCUGGGUCCGGUGCGUCCCCGACGGCCCUUGAAAAUCCUAGGGAGCAAACAAUUUUCGCGCCUGGUCGUACUCAUAACCGCAGCAGGUCUCCAAGGUGAACAGCCUCUAGUUGAUAGAACAAAGUGGGUGAGGGAAGUCGGCAAAACAGAUCCGUAA